AUGGCAAAAGGUCAUACAAUCCCACUACUACACUUAACUCGUCUCCUCUUCCUACGUCGCAGUGAUAUUGCCGUUACCAUCUUCACAACACAUGCUAAUUCUCCGUUCAUGCACCAGUUUUUAUCCGACACAAAUGCAUCUAUUAUCGAUCUCACAUUCCCACAAAAGAUUCAUCCUGAGAUUCCUGAAGGUAUUGAAAGUGUUGAUAAGUUACCAUCUCAAUCUCUCUUAGUCCCGUUUGCUAAAGCAACCAAAUUUCUCCAGCCAGAAUUUGAUGCAAUUCUUGAGACUCUACAUCCGAAUGUCAGUUGUGUGAUAUCUGAUGGAUUCUUACCAUGGAGUCUUGAAUCUGCCUCAAGAUUAUGUAUUCCUAGAUUAGUAUUUGAUGGAGUUAGUAAUUAUGCCAUGGCACUAUACAAAAUCAUUAGCGAACGGGAUUUUCCUACUAGUUCUGACGAUGAAGUUUUCAAAGUUGGUCCAUAUUUCCCUUACCUGAAGCUCACGAAGAAUGAUUUUGAGCCAGAAUUUUCACACCCGGAGCCCGGUGAACAUAUGGAUUUCUAUACAGAGGAAUUCAUUGCAACAAAUGGUAGUCACGGUAUCAUUAUGAAUAGUUUUUAUGAACUCGAACCAGAAUUCGUGGACUACUGGAACAGAAAAGCUUCUCCAAGAGCUUGGUGCAUUGGACCACUCUGCCUUUCAUCUGAAAAGAAGGUCAUGUCCGAACAAAACAGCAGACCCAUGUGGAUUCAAUGGCUUGAGGAGAUGGCAGAGAUGGGAAAACCUGUCUUGUAUGUUGCAUUUGGGUCCUUGGAAGAAAUCACAAUCGAGCAAUACAGAGAAAUAGCAAUUGGAUUGGAGUACUCCGGGGAACACUUCUUGUGGGUUUUGCGCUUGCCUUCGUUCGACAAUGAUGAAUUUAUGGUCGAGUUUGAAAAGAGAGUGAAAGAAAGAGGACUACUCGUAAAGAAUCAAUGGGUUGAUCAAGUUGAAAUACUAAGCCACAAGUGUGUACAUGGGUUUAUGAGUCACUGCGGUUGGAAUUCAAUAUUAGAAAGUAUAUGUGAAUCAGUACCAAUGCUGGGGUUUCCAAUAACAGCCGAUCAACAUUUAAAUGCAAGAAUGAUCGAACAGUAUUUCAGGAUUGGUGUUAAGGUUGUAACAAGAACUGGUUCCGUUCGCGGGUUUUUCGGUUCAGAAUGCAUUGAGAAGAAAGUGAAAAAACUGAUGAAUAUAGAAGAUGAGAAAUGCAAGGAAAUGUUGAAGAAUGUGAAGAAGCUCAGUGAAAAAGCUAGAAAUGCAAUGAAAGUAGGAGGGUCUUCUUGGCACACUCUAAAUUUACUCAUUGAUGAGGUUAUUUGUAGUAAAAAGAUACAAGAUUGUUCUUAA